GGUCCUUUAGGCAAACAUACAAAAAUUCAAACGGGCAUAAAGAUGGAAUUUGAACUGGAGGCCUUGCUUUUGAUAAAUGUACAGGAAACUGGAACGGAGUUAGGCCGAGGAGCUUAUGGAGUGGUACUUGAAGUCAAAGUGAAUGGAACCAUCUGUGCAGCUAAGAAACUACACGAUCUGAUAGUACAGGAAACCACACUGAAAAAGUUCAAUGAAGAGAUUCUUCUUCACAGUCAGCAAAGGCAUCCCAACAUUGUCCAGUUAAUUGGUGUCUAUUAUCCUCCUCGUUCACAAGUACCAAUGUUAGUAAUGGAGUAUCUUCCAUUCACUCUCAGAUAUUCACUCGAACAUGAUGGACUGCCACUUCAAAUGAAGUAUUCCAUUCUCUCCGAUGUUGCUAAGGGUUUAUGUUAUCUUCAUGGUAAACGUCCUGCCAUUGUACAUCGUGACCUCACUGCUAAUAACGUGUUAUUAACACCGCUAUACUCAGCUAAAAUAUCAGAUCUUGGAGUAUCGAGAUUAAUCGAUAAGUUCAAAUCGCAUCAAAAGCUCACUCAAGUCCCUGGCAAUGCUAUUGUAAUGCCACCAGAGGCUCUUGCAACUAAACCUGUUUAUAAUGAAAAGGUUGACGUGUUCACUUAUGGCUGUCUCAUUCUUCAUGUUCUCACUUGUCAAUUCCCUGAACCAACUGAUGCAUUUGUCCAGUACUUUAUGUUCUGGCAGUCUAAAGUAGCUGAGUGGGACAGACGAUCAAAAUAUAUCCAGAAAAUACCAGAAGAUGAGAAAGAGCUGCUUCCUUUAGCUAAGCAAUGCCUUCAGGAUCGUCCGAAUAGUAGACCAGAUAUGCUUACAGUGCUUCAGGCUGUUGAAGAGAAAUGUACAAAAAAUGAUAAGACCCUGCUAGAUGAAAUUCGCGAGAAAAAAGAAUUAAUACAAAUAUUAACUUUAGAUUAUACAAAUACAAUUUCAGCUAAAAAUAAUGAGAUAUACGAGACAAAAAUGGAACUGGAAAAAAUUUCUGAAGAAAAGGAAUGGUGUGUGAAUGAAUUGUGCAUAUUAAAAUCUGACAUGGAAGCACUAAAAAAAUCAGAAAUUGAAAGCAAGAUUAGAAUGCUGGAGAGAGAAAAUGAAUUACAUAAAGCAAUGAAAUUGGUUCUUAUUGAUAGGGAAGUAAGGGAACAAGAUUAUCAAGCUAUGAAGCGACAAAAAGAAGUACAAACAUGGUUGGGAAGAGGUGUAGAGUCAUUAGAAAAAAAAUAUUUUGAAAUUUGCGAGAAUUGGCCCAUGCUAAAUCUAUUGGCUAUAUUUGCAAUGUUAGUACUAAUAGUUAUUUUCUUAAUAGUUAUUACUUUUGUCUUAGCAACCGUUCAUAUUGGAUUUUGGAUGAUUUAUGCUGCAACUAUGUUCUUUUAUGGUUUUCUUGAUUUAAAUCUACUGGUUUUAUUUAUUAGGGACUAUAGUAUUAACAUAUCAAUAUCUGUUUUUGCUAUUUACAGGUAUCGUUUCGAGAUAUUAGGCAUUACCUUUAGGUUUGCAUUUUAUUUGUUAAAUUUUAUUGAAAAAUUAAUUUUGAAGUCUUAGUAACUAAUUUUUUAAAUAAAAGAUGUAAUUUCCGUUUGAUUGCUAUGGCAA